GUCUGUCACUGACUUUUGUAGGUGGAUCUCCUUUGCUGCUGAGCAGGGAAACUGGGUGCAGAAAAUCAUGGUUUUUUGACAACUUCGGCGCGGUAACUUUAAAUGAACAUUUCACCCAAUAUUUUUGCUGUGUUUUCGUCUUUUGGCCGCGCUCCUUGCUCGUCGUUCUUGACGUCAUUUCAUUGCUGUCAGAAGUUUCCAUGCUAACGACUGUUAGCCCGCUGCUACUCGUCGGAGAUGUUUCUUCUCCGCUACACUUGACAUUAACAGCGAUAAAAGUGGUGACUCGACUGCGUGGUGGGUGAUUUUUUUUUUUUUUUUUUUUUUGACAGCUGCAGAGGAUUUUAAGGAACAUUUUGAACCAGGUGGUUGUUGUGCUGAAGAAACUUGGGAAGCCAUGGGACUACACCCGCUAGAGUUUAGUGAAUGUUAUCUGGAUAGCCCGAGUUUCAGGGAGAAGAUAAAAGCUCACGAAGCAGAGCUUGACAAAACCAACAGAUUUAUCAAAGAGCUCUACAAGGAUGGAAAGAACCUCAUCAAUGCAACAAAACAGCUUGGGAUGGCACAGAGAAAGUUUGCCCAGUGCCUGGGAGAGUUUCAUUUUGAGUAUAUCGGCGAUGCAAAGACGGAUGAUGAGAAAUGCAUUGAUGAGUCUUUACAAGAGUUCUCCUCAUUCCUGAGGAACCUAGAAGACCAACGUGAGCUUAUGAUGAGAAACAUCACUGAAACCUUAAUGAAACCUUUGGAAAAGUUCAGGAAAGAUCAUCUGGGAGCUGUUCGGGCGGAAAAAAAGAAGUAUGAGAAAGAAACAGAGAAGUACUACAGCUCCCUGGAAAAGCUUUUGAAUAUGUCAGCAAAGAAGAAGGAGCCACAGCUACAAGAGGCAGACAUCCAGGUAGAGACCAUGAGGAUGCAUUUUCAGGAGGAGUCACUGGACUAUGUGUGCAGGCUGCAGGAGAUCCAGGAAAGAAAGAAGUUUGAGUGUGUGGAACCGAUGCUGGCUUUUUUUCAGACGGUCUUCACUUUUUAUCAUCAAGGCUUUGAGCUGGCGAAGGACUUUGACCAUUAUAAAAAAGCACUGCAAAUCAAUAUUCAAAAUACAAGGAGUCGAUUUGAGGGCACACGUUCAGAGGUGCAUGAGCUGAUGAAGAGGAUCAGGGAGACCCCCCAAGAAUACAGACAGACCAGCCCCAUCAGCUGUGAAGGCUACCUCUAUGUACAAGAGAAACGGCCACCUCCCUUUGGUUCAAGUUGGGUCAAACGGUACAGCACUUUUGUGAAAGAGCAGAAGAUCCUGCACAUGGUGACCUUUGACCACAGAUCUGGUGGAAAGAUUGGGGAGACAGAGUCCGUCAUGCUGAAAUCCUGCAUCCGCAAAACAACAGAUGUGCUGGACAGAAGAUUCUGCUUAGAACUUGAUAUAACAGACCGGCCAGGGACAGUAUUGACAGUACAGGCUAUGUCAGAGGAUGACUACAAGUUCUGGAUGCAGGCCAUGGGCGGGAAGGAACCUCUUGGUCACUAUCUUGGAAGAACAUACUCUAAAGAAAGAGGAAUUGAUGCCCAGCUCGAUGACGUGGGUUUCAGUUUUGUGAAGAACUCCAUCAGUGCCAUAGAGACGAGAGGUAUUAAUGACCAAGGCUUGUACAGAGUUGUGGGAGUAAGCUCAAAAGUCCAGAAGCUCUUGUCCCUAAUGAUUGAUGAAAAGACCAGUGAAGUGGAUCUGACUACCACAGAGGACUGGGAUAUUAAAACAAUAACCAGCGCAUUAAAGCUUUAUCUCAGGAGCCUUCCUGAGCCACUGAUGACCUAUGGACUUUACAAAGAGUUCAUCAGCCCUGCAAAGGGCGGUAGUCCAGACUCUCGUAUCCAAGCUGUCCACUGUCUGCUCCACAAACUACCAGAGAAGAAUCGACAAGUCCUGGGGCUGCUUAUGAAGCAUCUGGCCAAUGUGGCAGCUCACAGUAAACACAAUCUGAUGACAGUGGCUAACCUGGGUGUUGUGUUUGGACCCACAUUAAUGAGACCACAGGAGGAGACAGUCGCUGCCAUCAUGGACCUCAAGUUCCAGAACAUUGUUGUGGAGAUUCUAAUUGAGCACCACGAGAAGAUCUUUGCAGAUGCUCCCAAAUCAUGUCCUCUUUCACCUGCUGCCCCAGUAUUCUCUGCUCCCACAAGGCAGUCCAAGAAGAUGAGUCGGCAGAACCGUCCUCUAGCUGUCUACAAUCCGCAAGCCCUAGACAUUCAGACUGUCUCACCAGUGGGAGAUGGUGCUACAGAUGAGGCAUCAUUGGGCAGCAAUGAGUCUGUGUCGUCCCAGUCAUCAUCAGCUUCGACCUCAGAAAUGCCAACCGAGAAAUCUGACCACACCCUGCUUGGUGCCAGCCUCAGCUCAGGCAGUGACUCCAGAUGCGGAACAGCAGCAGGAGCCUGGUCUUCCUCUGGAGCAUCGGGAGAGAGUAAACAUGCUGCCAUCAAUGUUUCCUCUGAAAAAGAGAAGCCAGAGGAGAGUGUCACCAGCAGGAGAGCCAAGGCAGUGUACCCAUGUGAGGCUGAGCACGACUCUGAGCUCUCCUUCCAGGUCGGCGCAAUAUUCAAUGCCGUGACCCAGUCUCGAGAGCCUGGCUGGCUGGAGGGGGAGCUCGAGGGAAAGAGGGGCCUCAUCCCUGAAAACUAUGUGGAGAUGCUGUAGCCUUAACACAAAAACUAUUUGGACGUUAUCCCCUUCACAGAUGGCAGUAAGCAGAUGCAUGUGCCUCAACUGUCAAGUCUUGUUAUCCAACCCCCCACACCAAGUUUUUUUUUUUUUUUCAGUCAGGUGAUUGUCUCAGAGUUUCACUUUGUGUUUUGACUUGCAGCUUGAGCCUGUGAUGCAUGCACAAAUGCAUUUCUUUGUUUUAGUUUUCUUUGCUUUUGUAUUCUCAUGAGUUGUCCAAUUAUAAUUGCAGUCUCAGUUUACAUUGACAAUGUGCAGAAGAAAGACAUAUCCAGGCAACUUUGUAGCAGCAUCUCUCUUUUCAAAGUUUCACUGGCUCCUCUGUCAAACUAUACAUGGUAUCCAUGAGGCUGAUCCACAGAACAGUUCAAUAUAUUAACAGUUUAUCUCCAUCAGUACCCAUUUCACUGCAGUGGCACUUUGUACCAAGUCCAGCAACUUUUCACCUACUUGACACUGACGCACGACGCAUGAAUUUACUUUCAACAGUUGUGUGUGUGAGACAUGACCACCAGAGCACCCAGUAAAUCUAUAUAUACGGGUAUUUAUGAAAAUGAGCUGGUGUGUUGUUCACUUAGUUCACUUAGUCAUGUCCAUAAGUAAAUGGACAGCAACACAAUAUUUGGAAUUUUUCCUCUGCAUGCCACUAUAAUGGACUUGAAGUUAAAUGAUGUGCUUGCACUGUAGACUUUUAUCUGUAAUUCAGGAGUUUAACAGAAAUAUGGUUAUUUGUAUGCUUAGUUCCUCCAUUUUCAGAGAGCAUAAGUAAUAAGACAAACUAAAUGUGACUUUUACAGCUAGUUUUCUUUAGACAGUGCGGGGAUAGAGAGAGUUCUCAAAAAUGCUGGGUGAAGCCACCAAGACUCCCUAACAACACUGAAGGAGUUAUAGUCCUCUGUGACUGUGAUUGAUUGAAACUAUGCAAAUUGCAUAGUGCAUGGGACACCCAAGCCUAGAUUUGAGCAGUUUUGGAUGAAAAUCUUUUUUUUUUUUUUUUUUUCUUUCUUCCCAACAUGAAGCUGUGACUGAUGAUACAACAGACAAAAGUUGCAGUAUGCUCAGUUCUUCCUGGCACACCCUCAGAAGCCUAUAUUCUCCAUCAGAGUUGUCAUUGGUGUAUUGGUGGCUUCCCUCAUUAGUGUCCUUUUGCACACCCAGGUUUUGAGAACUGAUUGCUGUAGUAAAAUCCAAGACACAUUCAGCAACUUGGAAGUGGUCAUGUAUCCAUUCACAGACUUGUCAAAAGGGAUUAUUCAUAUUAACUAUUCUUGUCAUUGUACUUAUGGUACUUAUUGCCACUAAAAAUGGGCGGAACAUGAAUAAAAUGGCUGCAAUUCCUGAAUGGUUAAUGUAAUAUUUUUGUUAAACUCAGUGAAGUCUACACUGACUGUCCAGACAUUGAAGUCUGAUUAUUUCAACUCAGUUGCAAUGGUGUACAGAGGCAAAAUUACAAAAACUGUCACUGUACAAAUACUUAUAGACCUGACUAUAUAAAAGGUAGGGGUUGAAUGAUACAUUGUGUAUCAUACUAAUCAUAUCUGUGGGGCCUAUAUUAAACUGUAUCACCCCCUCCCUGUUCGACUACAUCAUGGAAGAAAUAGUAAUUUCAUGCACAAGUAUCAUAAGUAAUUUAUAAAAUGCACUAACAGGAAACGGAUCACAUCACGUAUUACAAUUUAUACUUUAGAAAAAAUAUACACAUUCACCACAGGUUACUUUCUACAUAAUUAGUGUGAACAGUGAUGUAGUUGAGUAUUGUGAAAUGUAUGUAAUCACGACAGGUGUCUCGUGAUGCAUCUUGUGUAUCAUAUCAUGUCACUAGUGUAUCGUUCCACCCCUAAAUAAGGGUUGCCUUUAGUCAUUUUGAAAAAUACAUGCGUACUGCAAAUAAGGCACAUUUCAGUUGUAAUGUAAUUUAUUGAAUUGGCACAGUGGCUUUUGAGUUUUACGCUUUACUGUUUUAUUAUACACUCCAUUUCAGACAAGCAUCUCUGAUGCCUGAAGAAUUACAUUUUUAUUUUUGUAGUGGGACCUGUCGAUUUAAAGCACUAGCAUAAGUCCACAGUGAGCCAAAGUCAGUUUAAAUGCAGAAUAAAGAAUGAGUCCAAGUAUUCUUUUCAAAUCAUCUGUUGGGAAAAAGUGUUUUUUGUUUUAAAAUGUUUUUUAAUGUUCAGAGCAAUGAAACAGUUUUUUUAUCUUCAUUUUCUCUGACAUAUGUGAUUAAACAAUACCGUUUAUUAGUCACCCACAUCAUACAGUAUUUAAAUGUUUCAUACCCAUUCUGUGAUGUUUUAAUUCGGGAAUGUUAAUGAAUGCCAAAGAUAUUUCACAAGGCUUUCUUUAGAGAUGGUUAACUUUUAAGGUGGUGUUUUUCGUUUGGAAUGGUUUGAGCAUGUACCCAUCACAUAGUAUAUUUCAUCCCUUUGCUGUUCAACAAGACAUUUUAAUUUUUCUGAAAGCUUUGCUUCAGUGGAUUGUAUUUUGUUUUUUUCUUUCUCUUUUCUUUUUUGAAUUGCAGUUGCAAUAAUUUAAGACAUUGAUUUAUGUUUGCAAAGGGCCUCAACUUCACUUGCAUUUUUAUACUUUUGAGUAUCAUUUUGAUCAAUGUUAAACAUACAGUUUUGUUUUGUUCUUCAUUGUAUUAUGUGUUCCUGCAGUAAAAUAAACAUUUUAAAUAACUUAAAAUUAAA